AAAAAAAAAAAAAAAGUUCUGAAACUUUUUUCUCUGACAUAUGUGUUUCAUGGCGACCUUUUCUGUACCUGAAGAAGCAAGGGUUGAAGAAGGAGAGUGGGGGGAAGUGUGACGGAAUUUCAACAUCCAGUUUUGUGGAGUCUCUCCUCUGUGAAUAAGCUCAAGCAGAGACUAAUUAAAGAAAAAAAAAAAGUUCCAAAGGAUCGGAAAAGAGUUUUUGUGUAUAUUACCUACUGUUAUGGAAUUUUCAGCUGAGUAGUAGCUAUAUAUGUCGACGACGGUACUUACAGAUUCGAUCGUGGUGAACACCGCGGCGGCGACGGCGGAGACGGUUACGACGAAAUUAACGACGGCGGCGAUGGAGGUUGACUUGGCGAAAUGCGAUUGCUGCGGAUUGAUAGAGGAAUGCACUCUGGCGUACAUAGAGAGGAUCCGGGAGCGGUACCAAGGGAAAUGGAUCUGCGGCCUCUGCGCGGAGGCGGUGAAGGAUGAGACUCUGCGGUGCGAGGAGCGGCUGAUCAGCGCCGAGGAGGCGUUGACUCGGCACCUCAACUUCUGCACGAAGUUCCGAUCGGCGGCCGGCCCGCCUCCGGACCCGACGGUUCACUUAAUCGCGGCGAUGAGGCGGAUCCUGAGGCGGAGGUCCUCGUCGUCGAAACCACCGAAGUUCACGUCGACGCCGAGUAGUCCGAUGAAGAACGGCGGCGACGAGAUUAACCUGGCGGCGCUUAAGAGAUCGGAGAGCUGUAUUCCGACGCUGUCGUUGGUGGAGGUGAAUUGCAGUGUGGAAAUGCGACAAAGCUUUGAAUAAAUUAAAGAGCCGAGAAACGUGGAAACUAAGGAGUAGAAGUUUAAUUUAAUUUAGACCCACGGAACAAAAAUGGUAAUCCAAAAAAACACAAAUAAUGCUCAAUGCAAAACCUUCUUAGUUUUAAUUUGAUCCUUCUAAGUGUAACAAUCAAACCAAUUAGCAUUUCCACUAAGAAAUUAAGUAUCUCUUCAUCCUA